CUGCGCGUGGGCCAAGAUGGCGGCGCCCUUGUGCGGGCGAGCGCUGGGGCUAGGGCAGUCGGCGCUGUCCUGGAGGCGAGAGCUGCCGUGCGCCUGGCGCGCCUUGCACACCUCCGCGGUCUGCGCCAAGAACCGGGCGGCCCGAGUCCGCGUGGGCAAGGGGGACAAGCCAGUGAGCUACGAGGAGGCGCACGCGCCGCACUACAUCGCCCACCGCAAGGGCUGGCUGUCGCUGCACACAGGUAACCUGGAUGGAGAGGACCAUGCUGCCGAGCGAACAGUGGAGGAUGUUUUCCUUCGCAAGUUCAUGCUGGGUACCUUCCCAGGCUGCCUGGCUGACCAGGUGGUCCUGAAGCGCCGGGCUAACCAGGUGGAGAUCUGUGCCCUGAUCCUGAGGCAGCUGUCCCCGCACAAGUUCUAUUUCCUCGUGGGCUACAGCGAGACCCUGCUGUCCCACUUUUACAAGUGUCCUGUGCGACUCCACCUCCAAACUGUGCCCUCGAAGGUUGUGUAUAAGUACAUCUAGGACAACCCUUUCAUUCGCAGGAAGCUGUAGCCGGCAGAGGACAGAAAUGUGUGGGAAAGGAGGGACAUGGAGCACAGGGAAAUGCGUCCCCUCAUUUCUCAGUCGCUGUUGAACAAAGACCCUUUGUGUCAAUUUGCCUCUGUUUGUCUUUGUUCUUUAGGUGAGGGAACUAGAGUAGGGUUUAUCUGAGGGUGUUCCAGGGUUGCAGGAAGGCUGCUGGUUGUCUGAAGUUCAGCUAAACAGAUCAGUGAGUACCUGUGCCAGUCGCUCUGUCAGGCACUCCACCUAAAGUUUUUUAUUUUCUCUCAAAGCGGAAUAAUCCAUUUUUGAUGAUAAUAAAGUAAUCAAUGUUAAUUUUUUGAAAAUCAAGAGAAUAUGGACAUAAGUCAACUGUGAAGCUUUGUUGUCAUUUUAUGCCAGAGAUUCCUACUAUGAAUGGUUUGUUAUAUUUUACUUCAGAUGUACUUUAUUCUAGAAAUACGUUAGUGCAUACUCAUCAUUUAUUAAACUUUUACUGAACACCUGUUCUGUGCCAGGCACUCUUCUAAGUGCUUGGAACCUAUGAAUGAGGAUAACAUUCCAUUCCAAGACCACUGCCUUUGUCACUAUAUCCUAGUGGACCGGGACAGGAGAUGAGGCAGCAUUAAAGACUUCAAGCAGGUGAUGGAGGUAGACAUGCAGGUAAAUGGGGAAGAGCUUUUCAGACAGUUCCAUCCACAAAAACCAGCCCAGGGUGCUAGGAAGUGGGGAAAGGAUUGCUGAGCCUCACAGCUUCACCGAUACCGAUCUCAGUCCUCACUUUGACAAGGACCCUGACACCUCUCUCCAAGCCUCGACCUGACACACCCUAAUCCUGACCUUGAACUUGACAGUGGCUCUAACUCACACUAACCCUGAACCUGAUCUGAUCUUUGCCUUGAUAUUGACUCAUCACCCUGAUCCUGAUUCUCCCUAACCCUGACCUUCACCUCACUCACGUGGACCUUUCCCAGUCAUGUCUCUUACUGACCCUAACCUUGACUCUGAAUCAUGUGUGCUCACACUGAACUUCACUCCGUACCUGACCCUGACCAAGACCCUGACUCAGAACUUCAACCUAAAGGACCCUGAACCUUAGCAUGAGCCUGAUGGCAUCCUAACUCUAGCACUGAUGCUCAAUUUUACUCUGACUACGACCCUCACCCAGACUCCUAUCCUGAGUCAUUUAUUUAUUUAUUUAGUUUUUUUUUUUUUUUUUUUUUUUUUUUUUUUUUUGUGACCGGUAAGGGGAUCGCCCCGCACCGUGCUCAGCCAGUGAGCGCACUGGCCAUCCCUAUAUAGGAUCCAAACCCGCAGCCGGAGCCCUGCUGCACUCCCAGCUCCGCACUCUUCUGAGUGAGCCACGGGGUCGGCCCCUGAGUCAUUUAAAUUUGACUCAUCCCUAUGCCAGAUUCUGACCCUGAAACUCAACCUUCACCUAUAACGUGUUCCUGAUCUUCACCCUGACACCCUCAUGGAGACCCCGUCACUCACUCUGCUUUGACCCUACCUUUGACCCUGAUUCUAACACUCAGCAAUUCUGAAACUGGUUAUCUUUCAGGUGCUGGGACUCACCUGGACCCUGACUCAAGACCCUGACUUGAACCUGACCUUGGCCUGAUUCUGCCCCUAACUCUGACCUUCACAUGAAUUUGUCCCUGUGCUUUACCCUGAUAUUGACCGUUGUUUUAGUUUUCUAUUGCUUUCAUAACAAAUUACCAUAAUCAGUGGCUUAAAGCAACACAUUUAUUUCUUAAGAGUUUUGUAGGCCAGAAGUCAGAACUGGGCCUCACUGGAGGCAGGGCUGUGUUUUUGGAGGCUGUUGGGGAGAAUCUGUUUCUUUUCCACCUCCAGCUUCUCCAGGCCAUUUGUGCUCUUAAUUUGUGACCCUUCCUCCAUUUUCAAAGCCAGCAGUGGCACGUCAGAUCCUUACAUUGCACCACUCUGAAGAUUCUGUCUUCCUUCUUCCACUUUUAAGGACUCUUGGGAUUACAUUGGGAUCACCUGGAUAAUCCGGGGUCAUCGCUCCACCUCAAGGUCAGAUGAUUAGCAACUUUCCUUCUUUCUUAUGUAAUAUAACACGUUCACAGAUCCCAGGGAUUAGAAUGUGGACAUUUUUGUGGGGUUAUUAUUCUGCCCGCCACAACCCUAAAUAUAUCCUUGCUUUGAUCUCACCUUGAAGCUCAACAUCACUCUCUCUCAGACUCUUACACUGAAUUUAACCCUUGUCUCUAACUUGCACCAUGACACUUAACUCUGAAGGUGACCUGACCCUAACCCAACUCUCACCUUGACCUUGACGUGACUCACACUGAUCCUGAUCCUCGUGUGACCUUUAACAACACCUGGACUUUCAUCCUGCCCCAACCCUGUUCUCAACUUCACCCUUAUUCCACUAUGACCCUGACCCCGACUCUCGACUGGGGUUGGUUGAACAACAGGCCCCAAAGAUGUGAGUAUUCUGAUUCCCAGAACCUGUGAGUACAGUACUUUGUAAAUGUGAUGUUAAGGGUCUUGAGAUGGGGAUAUUAUUUUAAAUUAUCUGGGUGAGCUCACUGUGAUCAUAAGGGUCCUGUAUUAGUCAGGGUUCUCCAGAGAGCCAGGCUGCUGGAGAAAAGGAGGACAGCCCCAGGGCCCUGGAGCCUCAGGCUGCCACUGACUGUGGGUGAGCUUUUGCACUGUUCCCUCAGGGGACACCAAAAGCUCAGGUCACCCAAUAGGCCCUUGGCCAUAAAGCAAACAGAAACAUACACAUUUUCAGUUGUGGUCUGUUCACGAGGGUGGCCUGUGCAUGAAGCUAGAGUGGUACAGUGGUGCUCCUGGGCUGUUGGCCACUGGCCAUGAGAGGCUGGGACAGGCUGCCUAGUUCUGAUCUCCAGCUUUUAUCGUUUUAGAUUUCUGUUAAAUUAAGUUUGACCUAGAGUUUUCUUGGGACAUAAUUAACUGUAACCUAACUUGUAACCUAAUAUGUAAACAGGCAUAACCUACUCUCAUAACAAGUAGCCAAGUCUCAGCCAAUCACAGGCACCCAACUGUUCAAACCAUGUCCAAAUAAGGCAGUGCCCAGCUGUGACCGUGUAGCUGUGUCCGUGCCUCACUUCCGUUUUCUGUCCUUCGCUUUCCUUUUUCUGUCUGUAAAUCUCAUCCGACCACAUGGCAGCCCCAGAGGCUGUCCGAUUUGCGAAUUGUUCUUUGCUUAAUUAAACUGUUGAAUUCCA